UUCAUGAGCUGUUUUAUUCAACUGACGUUGAAGAAUUCGACUUCUAAAAUUUUCGUUAAAACUGAAAACGAACAUCGAAGAUCCUAAAAAUGAUAAUUCAUAACCGACCAGCUCUCAUAACAGUGUUAAUCUCAUGUAUCCAAUGGGUGCCGAGUACAGCAACUUUGUUAAUGCCUGAUCACGUAAGUGAGGUCCAAAGAUGGAGUUCGGAGUUCCUGAAUUUUCUCGCCACCGGCUCAACACGCAAAAACGAAGUUCAAUUGUCCAGCAAGUGUUCACAAUCAACUGAAUAUCAAAAAGCUGUUUUGAAAAGUGUAUGUGAACAGAUUAUUGCAGCGACAAAUCCUGUGGAGAGUGGGUUAAAAAGCUCAAGUAAAACGAAUGACGAUGCCAGCAACGAAAACUUUCAGAUGCCUGAGACUAAAUUCAUCGAAGAGACAAAUUUAUUUGAAAAUUUAUAUAUCACAGAUAUUCCCUCCGCAUAUAAAAUUUUCAUUGAAAAAUUAUCAACAAUAGCCCAGACAGGGAGUCUGUGUGACUCAUCAAGCAGUGAAGAAUUUGAUUACAAUGGUAUGACCAAGGAACUCAGUAAGAUAUACGCUUUUAUCCUACCAGCUGACGAUGCACGGUGGACAUUGCAGAUGAUGGUGGAGCACUACAAGGAUAGGGGAGAUGAGGGUUGUGAUACAGAAAUGUCAACAUCAAGGUUUCUCUACUUAAUGCACAACCAACUGCUCCGAAUUCUAGUGAAGGGCUUUGUCAUGAAAACAUUUGUGAUAUAUUUUUCAGCCGCUUCCGAUGGAUCUGAGGAAACCUGUGGAUACAAGCACAAAAAUAAUCAUCAAUCAGUGUUGGACGAUGAAACAGAUAACUUUUUAAAAGCGGUCGAAUUCUCUAAAGACAUAUUCAGUCAGAAAAUAAAGUCGCUAUCGAGGGACUUCCGUCGUUGUGAUAACGCGGAUAGCUUCGUAAGAUACGAAAGUUUCUUGGAGUUGGAGGGGCUGUAUCAAGGAAUUCUGCAGCUGAGCACGGACGCAAAUAUUGGCAUAUUGGAUAAUUCGGAUGCAAGCUGUCAGAGCCUGGAUACGAAAAACGGCCCGCCCGCUCUCUAUUGCGAUCCUGAAACAAAAUUUUGUGCUGCUCCAAAAAAUCGUGCUUGUCGAGGUCGUGUCUGGCAAUGCAAAAGUUACCCCUACAUCGAGGCGUGUGAGGAUCCACACGGCCCACGACGUUACACGAAGGUCCGGACCUCCAAAAAUCAGCUCAACUGCGAUGACUUUCAUAGAAUUCGUCUGGAUUUCCCAUCAGGAAGUGGCGCAUGCCUUUGCAAAUGCCAGGAUAAUGAUAAGUUUUCUCCAUCUACUCAUAUCAUUAGUUUACUACCUGUAGAGUCUGAUGUAGCGAAUAACAUGGUUAUAACAGGCAUCAAAUUUGUCGUAAGACAUGGGAUUCUGCAGUUUCAAAUUCAGCAAGGACGUAUAGAUAGGUAUUGGCAGGUAUAUAAUGUUACGAUGAAACCUAUCGACGAUAAGGCAGAUGAGAUAAGUGCAAAGCGACAGGGGCUCCCAGUCCAGACAAGAGAUCCUCCACCCAACAACUGGAAACAGCCUACAAUCAGAGAGAACGAAGAUUUUCUAAUUAUUACGAUAGACGAGAAUAAUGGCAUUAAUUUCGAUGACCUGCAGGUUCCUAGUGGAUAUGUCCUGACUGGAGUUAGAUUUAUCUUGGCCAAUAAACCAGAAGAAAAAUCGCCUAAGAGAGUAGAAAUUUCCGUGAUAGGAACGCAGUACAACCCAUUGACCGGAAAUUUGUGCGCUACAUGCGAACCAGCAAUCGUGAAAUCUGACAUAAUCCAUAGAGAAAAAUACCCCUUGAGUCAAUAUCCGAUUGAGGGUAAUUAUCUUACAACUCCUAAUUCCAAAGAAGACCAGUAUGUCGUUAUCACCACAUCCUCUAUGGAGGAGGACGGGGGUCAAACGACACUGCCCCUCUUCGAUGCACUACCUCUUCUAAGCCAACCACCAGCUGCCCUGGCUGGAUUGGGGCUGUUUCACAAGACAUCAGGAUCAUUCACUGGACUAGUUUCGUUAAAACUCUUCGAUAUCGAUCGCAGUAUCGAUAUGCAAAAUAUUAUCCACGAAGUAGUUCCGGAUGAUAAUGACUAUGCUAAUGACCAAAGCUACGAGGCAUAUGACGAGUCGGUUGAAUAAGGAGAGUAUUCAGAUUCUAAAUAACAUUCGAAGUUGCAAACAGUUUAAUCUCUUUUAAAUAUUCUACAGUAAAUAAUGGCAUAUUACAAAUAAACCUUUGUUUCAAUUUAA